AUGUCCCUUCUCACCCACCUGCUUGCGUGUCUGUUCGGGAUGGGCUCCUGGGUCUCAAUCAACGGCCUGUGGGUGGAGUUGCCCCUCAUUGUCCCCCAGAUCCCAGAGGGUUGGAACCUUCCCUCCUACCUCUCCGUCCUCAUCCAGAUGGCAAACGUUGGGCCUCUCUUCGUCACCCUGAUGCACCGCUUCCGUCCCGGCGCCCUGAACGAAGCAGCCGCCAUAUAUGUGAUCAUCGGCCUGGGUACUGUGGCGAGCUUCCUGCUGGGCUUCUUCUGGAAGGAGACUGUCGUAGUGGCGGGUGUUCCUUGCAGUGUAGCUCUCCUUGUCUUAACGUUCUUCCUCGCUUCUGUUGACUGCACUUCCUCCGUCACCUUCCUGCCCUUCAUGAUGCGUCUCAAGACUCAGUACCUGACCACGUACUACAUUGGGGAGGGUUUGAGCGGCCUGCUGCCUGCUCUAGUGGCUUUGAUCCAGGGAGUUGGAGUGGUCCACUGCAUAAACAGCACCCAGUUUCUGAACCACACGCUGAACUCCUCGGACAGCUCUGUGAACUUUGACCUCCAGGCUCAGUAUCAGCCAGCCAACUUCUCCGCUGAGGUGUUUUUCUUCUUCCUCAGUGCCAUGAUGCUUGUGUGUCUGGUGGCAUUCCUUCUACUGAACUACCACCCGUCUGUGGCCAGGGAGCAUCCCAGCGGUCGAUACUCCAACGGGGUGAAGGAGAAAUCUCAGAGAAACAGGAAGUGGGCCGAGCAGAAGCCCGUGAUGGAGCCAUAUCAACCGGCAAACCAGAAGCCCAGAAGCAGCUUCGGCAGCGGAGCUUACAGCUGGACGCAGGUGAUUUAUAUCUUUGUGAUCCUGGCCUGGGCGAACGCUCUGACCAACGUGGUGCUUCCCUCGGUGCAGUCCUACUCAUGCCUACCAUACGGGAACAACGCCUAUCACUUAUCAGCCACCAUGGCUGCAGUGGCAAACCCUCUAGCCUGCCUCAUCACCAUGUUCUUCCCUAUAAGAUCUCUGCUGUUGAUGGGAGCUCUCACAGUGAUGGGCAGUGGAGUGGGAGCUUAUAUAAUGGGCAUGGCACUGCUGAGUCCAUGUCCACUGCUGGUUAAUGAAACGUCAGGUGUUGUCAUCAUGGUGUUGGCCUGGAUCCUGUUUGUGCUCACUCUGUCCUAUGUGAAGGUGAUCAUCGGGGUGAUCCUGCGCGACGAGGGCCACAGUGCUCUCGUGUGGUGUGGAGCUGUAGUGCAGCUGGGCUCUCUGCUGGGAGCUGUGACCAUGAUUCCAGUUGUCAACGUGUACACUUUCUUCUCUUCAGGAGACCCGUGCAACACAAAAUGUCCCUGAAUGAAGAAGCACAGAGAAGAGACUGGAGGCAGAUUCAGUAAAGCUUUGAACCAAGAUAUUAAUUUAAGGCGGUCUAUUAUUAUAAUUCUUUUUAAAUCACGAUUUAUUUCCUUUGAAACAUCUGAAUCUGAACCUGCCGUUUGAGAGCUUCCACUUGUUACAGAUAAAGCAAGCCCCAAAGACAGAGGUGCAUAAAUAAGUUAUAAUGUAGCCGUCCUGACCUGUAGCUGCGUCAGACAGGAGGAAACGUUUGCAGAUGUUGUGAAGAUACUCACCUACAAGUUAAAGUUUUGCAUUCAAACCCAUAUUUGAGUAAAACUAUGUAAGUAUUAUCAACUAAAUGUACAUAAAGUAUGAAAAGUUUUGAUUGAGCAGUAAAAUAUUCCCUGUCAGUGUUUUACUAUUAUAUAUGACGUUUCUGGAUUACUGAGUGUGUGUUAAUGUGUAUGUUGCAGUUUACUGCUGUAAAUGUUUAAGGUUGUGCUCAUUUUAAAUCCUUUAUAUACAGUUGGCUAGUUUAUUCGAUGACGGCUUCAAGGUCAAACAUGUUCGUUUUGUGCCCAUAAUAAACAAAAACAUCAUACAGUA